AUGCACACAGAUAGCUCUCCAUUGCAGCAAAUACUCUUUAUGAACCAGGGGAACACCGAUAUCGCCCUUCGGGACAUACCGUUGUCGGUAAGCUUUGUCGAGGACAAAGCGCAGACCAGACCAUAUUUAGACAUUGCUCAACGAAGCAGAGACACGCGGUUGAGAGUAUCGCUGGUUGCAUUGGCAUAUAAUCAUUGUGAAAGCCAUUGCAGCGAAUACGAAGCCAGUAUGAAGUGGUCUCCCGCGGAGAACCCUGCCACCAGCAUCACUAUGAUAAUCUUGCGAUCUUCCCGCCCAUGA